AUGCCAAAUAAUACCAACUCAAUUCCUCCCAAACGCAAAGGCGAAUGGGAUGGCACUUCGUACCUCCCGCUCGCCCGCGUGCGUAAAAUCAUAAAACUAGACGACGACAUUGACGCCUGUACCCCGGCCGCCGCAUUCCUAAUCUCCGUCGCAGCUGAAGAGUUCAUCUGGCAUAUUGCCGAGCAAGCCCACAAGAUGACAAAAGUCGAGAAGAAACCGAGAAAAAAUAUUCAAUAUAAAGAUUUGGCAAAUGCAGUUGCUAGGAUUGAUAAUUUGGAGUUUUUGGCGGAUGUUAUUCCCAGGACUGUGCCGUUUGGGAAAGCUAUGAUGAAAAAGAUGGGGACGACGACGGUUAAGAAAAGUAGCUCCGGUGCUGGUGAAGGAAGGUCGAAGGGAAAUGGGGCGGUGAAGGGUGCUGUCGUGGAUGAUAGUGGCGAGGAGGGCGAGGAGGAGGAGGAGGGUUCUGAUGGUGGUUCUCCCAGUAGUGAGACUACACGGCUCAAGGACUUGCAUCUCUCCCAACCUAGCGGAUCGGGGACGAAAAAGGGUAAGAAGUCAUCACGAGACCACGAUGGGGACUUGACGAUGCAGUGA